AUGGAACUCAAAGAGAAUGAUGCGAAAUUAUUUACGCCGGGUCCACUGACGACUAGCUUAACAGUGAAAAAAGCAAUGUUGCAUGAUUUAGGUUCACGCGACACAGUGUUUCUGAAUAUCGUUGCGUAUAUUCGUGAGAAGCUACUUCAUUUAGCAGAUGCAUCAGCAGACGAUUACACAGCUGUCCUUCUGCAAGGAAGUGGAUCAUAUGCAGUCGAAGCAACGUUUUCAACAUCCGUUCCUCAACAAGAUGCGAAGGUUUUAAUUAUCGAAAAUGGUGCUUAUGGUCAGCGAAUGGUUAAAAUUUGUCGAACACUGAAUAUUCCUCAUGACGUUCUUUCGUUUGGCGAAACUGAACGCGUUCAAGCUGAUCAAGUUGCCGAGAAAUUAAAAUCCAAUCGCUAUACUCAUGUCGCUAUCAUCCAUUGUGAGACAAGCUCGGGAAUAUUGAAUCCUAUCGAUGAGAUUGGUCAAUUAGUUCAUGAUCAUGGUGCUGAAAAAGGAUCAACUGUGUAUAUCGUGGAUUCAAUGAGCGCAUUCGGUGCUGUGCCUGUUAGUCUUCGUAAUGGACAUAUCACCUACAUUAUCAGUUCAGCGAACAAAUGUAUCGAAGGAGUACCUGGAUUUUCGUUCGUUAUCUCCAAAAAGCAGCAUUUACUUAAAUGUCAAGGCCAAGCGCGCAGCUUGGUACUUGAUCUUUACGAUCAAUAUGUGUACAUGGAACAGAGUAAACAGUUUCGUUUUACACCUCCAACGCAUACGAUUCUUGCUUUUAAACAAGCUCUGGAUGAGCUAGAUGAAGAAGGUGGCGUGCAAGGACGAGGAAAACGAUAUCAAGAAAAUAAUAAACGUAUCCGAGAACUGAUGCGUAGUUUCGGCUUUGUUGAAUUGAUUAAACCGGAAUAUCAGACUUAUAUCAUCACAUCGUAUUAUUAUCCACCCGCACCAUUUAAUUUCGAAAGUUUUUAUCAGAAAUUGAGCAAAAAAGAUCAAUUGAUUUAUCCGGGAAAGACAACUGUAACAGAUUGUUUUCGCAUUGGAAAUAUCGGUCGUCUAUUUGUCAAAGAUAUGGAAAUCUUAGCUGAAUCAAUCAAAGACGUUUGCCAAGAAAUGGGCAUCAAUUUACCGUUAAAGAAUGAUAAUAACCAAUAA